AUGAAGCUGGGGCUGGCCAUCCUGUUGCACCUCACGCUGCUAAGGCUCCAGCAUGCACAGGAUGACUGUGAUGCUGGGUCCUGCCACCCGGCCGUUGGGGACCUCCUCCUGGGUCGCAGCAAGCAAUUAACGGCCUCGUCAACCUGUGGAAUGAACAACCCUCAGAAGUACUGCAUUAUAGGCUACCUAGAGGCUGAACAGAAGUGCUUCCUCUGUGAUUCCAGAUACCCAUAUAAUCCCUAUACACAGCACAACAGUCACAUGGUUGAAAAUGUUAUCACAACUUUUGAGCCCGAUAGGAAAAAAAAGUGGUGGCAGUCAGAAAAUGGCGUUGACCAUGUCAGCAUUAGAUUGGACCUAGAAACUUUAUUCCAGUUCAGCCAUCUUAUCCUGACUUUUAAGACAUUUCGGCCUGCAGCAAUGCUGGUUGAGCGCUCCACCGACUUUGGUCAGACCUGGAAAGCAUUUAGAUAUUUUGCACAGGACUGUGCAGCUUCUUUUCCCAACAUCUCUUCUGGUCCAGCAAAAAGUGUGGGAGACAUCAUUUGUGAUUCAAGAUAUUCAGACAUCGAACCCUCCACUGAAGGCGAGGUUGUUUUAAAAGCUUUGGAUCCCAGCUUUGAAAUAGAAAAUCCGUAUGUGCCAUAUAUCCAAGAGCUCAUUACGCUGACAAACCUGAGGAUCAAUUUUACUAAACUCCACACCCUUGGGGAUGCUCUGCUUGGAAGAAGGCACAGUGAUCCCCUCGAGAAGUACUACUACGCUGUCUAUGAGAUGGUUGUGCGGGGCAGCUGCUUUUGCAAUGGCCACGCCAGCCAGUGUGAUCCUGUCCAGAAUCUGCGGGGAGAUGUUUUCCAUCAGUCUGGAAUGGUCCACGGGAGAUGUAUCUGCCACCAUAACACUGAAGGUUUGUCCUGUGAGAGAUGUAAAGAUUUCUACAAUGAUGCUCCCUGGAGGCCAGCUGAAGGGGCACAAGAUAAUGCUUGCAAACAGUGUAACUGCAAUGGCCACUCUGGCAGAUGCCACUUUGACAUGGCCAUGUACCAGGCCAGUGGUGGGGUCAGCGGUGGAGUUUGUGAGGACUGUCAGGACAACACCACGGGGCAACACUGUGACCAGUGUAAACGUUUCUUUUACCGGGAUCCACUCAAAGUCAUCUCGGACCCUCAUGCAUGCCUCCCCUGCAACUGUGACCCAGAAGGUACGUUGCACGAUGGCAUGUGUGAGAGCCGCACAGAUCCUGCUCUGGGAAUGGUUGCAGGCCAGUGCCCUUGCAAGGAGAACGUGGAGGGUGUCCGCUGUGACAAGUGCAGGGCGAACUACUACGGGUUGAGCGGCAGUGACCCUCUGGGCUGCCAGC